UUAUUUAAUAUAAUAAAACCAACAACAACAGCCAUAGUAAUUAUUUUCAUUUUAAUUAUAAAAAUUCGCAAUAGCGAAAACCAAAUGUGUUAAUGCAGUCACUAAACCCCACCAGAGUAAUAACAAUAAAAACAAUAAUAACAACAACAACUAAAACAGCAACAAAAACAGCGACAAAAACAGCGCUACAAGAAUAAAAAUACAGCAACAAAACAACAGAAAACAUAAGUCCGCUUGAAAUAAUUAUAAAGGCAGCGUUAAAAACAACAGCAACAAUAAUAACAAUAACAACAUUGCACAUUAAAUAAUCGUUAGGAAAAGGGUUUAACAAAAACUGAAAAGAAAAUGCUAAAAAAAUGUUAUUUACAUGCUAUAAGUUGAUGACACAUUUCUCUGUCAUUUUGACCGUAUUCUUGCUGUUUCAACUGUUAUGCCUGCCAACAACGUCUAGGGUAAAGGCCACUCCCGAGGAUGAAGCUGUUGGUAAGUGGGCAAUACAGUUUGGCGAUGAGUUAUGGGAAUUAGCGCAACGUAUGACAAAAUCGCAAGAAAUCAAGGCAAAAUAUAAAGAGUACAAUGCACGCGUUGAACUAAAGAAUGGCACUGAACUUAUAAAAUCUAUAACAGCUAAUGUUGGUGAAAUGUUGUCUCGUAAAAUGGAUGCAGUCAAGUGCAUACAACAAAAAGCUGAAGCUGCUUAUGAAGAAUUUAAAGCUAAUGACACAUUUCCAAAUGAAUAUUUUCAAUAUUAUUCUAGCAAAUUUUCGAUGUUUGAUGGUAAAUCAGCAGAGCAGUUAUUAGAGCAGCAGCAGAAACGUGCUUGGAUGUACCUAAAUUUUACAUUAAACCCUGACACACAUUUUUAUAAUAUUUCAGUGGAUACAGAGCACAGUUCCGUCCAUGUACCCUCCAAUGUUUAUGAUCGCAAUCCGGAAGUACUUAAAACAAUAAUGUGGUCCGAAACACUCGAUGAGGUAUUUAAACAAAAUUAUCAAUCUGAUCCUGCAUUGUCAUGGCAAUACUUUGGUUCUGACACUGGCAUAUUACGACAUUUUCCAGCUAGUCAGUGGCAGGAGCGUGAUGAAGACGAUGAUGCUGAUACAUAUGAUUGUCGAAAACGUUCCUGGUAUAUUGAGACUGCGACUUGUUCCAAAGAUAUUGUUAUAUUACUAGAUAACUCCGGUUCAAUGACCGGUUUUCGUAAUCAUGUUGCCAAAUUUACAAUACGUAGUAUCUUGGAUACUUUCUCCAAUAAUGACUUUUUUACAAUAUUUAAUUACUCCGCUACAGUAGAUGAUAUCAUACCUUGCUUUAAAGAUGCCUUAGUCCAAGCAACACCAGAAAAUAUCAACGUUUUCAAUGAAGCUUUAGAAGAUUUAUCUCCAGAGGGUUUUGCUAAUCUUACAGUAGCAUACGAAAAAGCAUUCAAGUUACUUAAAAAAUAUUAUAUACAACGUCGCUGCAAUGAGACAUCCACUUGCAAUCAAGCAAUAAUGCUCGUGACCGAUGGUGUUGCGGGUAAUACGACUGAAAUUUUUGAAAAAUAUAACUGGGGGACCGGUGAAAACGGGACGUCGAAUAUGCGUGUACGAAUUUUUACCUACUUGCUGGGGAAAGAAGUAACGAAAGUAAGAGAAAUACAAUGGAUGGCUUGCCUAAAUCGUGGUUAUUAUUCACACGUACAAACUUUGGACGAGGUGCACGAAGAGGUAUUAAAGUAUGUGGAUGUAAUAGCAACACCAUUAGUGCUGCAAGAUGAAGAACAUCCGCCCACGUGGACACAUGCUUUUACAGAUAAAACUUAUAAAGCCGAAGCAAAUAGCACAGAAACGAGACUCAUGAUAGCUGUGGGUGUGCCAGCUUUUAACCGUACCUAUCGAAGUAUAAACGGAACAAAACGUGCUAGGUUGUUGGGCGUAGCAGGUACAGAUGUGCCAGUAGAGGAUAUAAAUAAGCUAACUUUACCUUAUAAGCUCGGUGUGAAUGGGUACUCCUUUGUAGUCUCAAACAAUGGUUACAUGCUUUUGCAUCCCGAUUUACGACCUAUAGGUCCUAGCGGUCGUAUGAAUCCAAACUACAAUAGCAUAGAUUUUACUGAGGUUGAACAUUUGUAUGAGGAUAAUGUGCCGCGUGAACCAGGUGAUUCCAUUUUAGAGUUACGUAGUGCUAUGGUACGCUACCAGACUGGUGAAUUUAAGGAUAUAAGUGUUAAGUUUCAUUACGAUAAAAUGCGUCGAGUUUCGGAAGAAAAACAGGAUUAUUUCUUUGCCCCACUACCAAAUACUCCGUUUUCGCUUGGCAUCGUACUACCAAGUGAAUACGGCAAGACUUGGAUUAAAGUUGGCGAGGAAGUGCUUAAGAAUAUACAUAUGAAAGUAAAUAUAUCAGAAUUUUUUGUGGGUGAAAACUGGAAAAUACAUCCAGAGUGGGUUUAUUGUAAAUAUCAUUAUCUUGAGGGUCAUGAAUUCAAAACACCUGAAGGGGAACUACGUCAUUUUCUUGCAAAAAUGAUACAAAAAGACUGGAAGUGGUCCGAACAAUAUGAUGAUGAAUUCAUAAUUGAUUCUGAAGAAGAAUUAAAUUGUGGACGUAAAACCUUGGAGGAUGAUGCUUACUACUGUAACAAGGAAUUAGUGCAUUUACUAAUAUUUGAUGCAAAAGUCACUAAUUCCAGUUAUGGUGAUUGGAAAUUUACCAACGAUGAAGAACGGAAACUGAUUGAAAGUUUUGGUGCCACUCUUCGUUUUGUUGCCACCAUGAGUGGAUUAACACGUUGGCAAUUUAUUUAUGGUGAAGUCGAGGUUGAUACUGACCGUGAGUUUGGUGACUAUCACACAACAGCCAUAGAUGAAACUUGGUAUAAAAGCGCCAUUUUACAACAUCAUCAGGAGCCAACAGAAAGUUUUGUGUAUUCAGUAAAACAUUCUAAGGAUCCGAUGGAGGAUAAUGAACUCAAAAUUACUGCAUCGCAUGCAAUAUUCCCAAGAGAUGGUGGGAAGGAAGCGCCGGCGUGUGUAGUAGGUUUUCAAUUUUCACAUGCCUUGAUGUUGGAACGUUUUUUUAAUAUAACAUCAGCUGAUAAUUGUAAUGGUUGCAUCAAGACUUGUGACAGUGAUGAAAAUGAAUGCUAUGUGAUUGACAACAAUGCCUAUAUUAUAUUAGCGCACAACAUUAAUCACACUGGUAAAUUCUUUGGAGAAUUUCAAGGUGAUGUUAUGCAAGCAAUGGUGGAGAAAAAUAUAUUUCAAAGCAUAGAUGUCUAUGAUUAUCAAGCAUUGUGCGCGGAAGGUUCAGACUCAUCAAGUGAAGCACAUUCUUUGUUACAUCCCAUACGACUUUUUAGCUUGGCUUGGAAGUGGUUAGUCACACAGCUUUUUUGGCAUUAUACACGUAUACAAUGGUGGGUCGAUGGUGCGCCUUUUCUCGAAUAUUUUGAUGAAAUUGAUGAUGAUUAUGAACCUGUACCCGAAACUUUUGCUGGUCAACAACCUAAAACAAAGGAAAUUACCGAAGAUGGUGAACUCAUUUUUCAGGAACCGGAACCUGAACCAGUUUACUCACCUUGCGAUAUGAAAUCUACACUUUAUGCUUUACAACCUAACUCUCUUGAGGGCAUUAAUGAUUACAUCAAAAUGCCCAAUUCACGUCCAUUCUAUUUAAAAAAAAUACCUAAUACGAAUUUACUGCUAGUGGUAGUCAAUGUGCUAAUGCCUUCAAAAGGAGUACGACUUACUACGGAACCACAGAUAAUAGAGUAUGAUGCCGAAUUCCCAUGCUAUAAAUUAAAUAUGAGUUUUUACGAACGCAGACGAAUCGAGGAAUGUUAUACGGAACAUCCUAUGGAGGAAUUAUUCACCUAUUGCGGUGAUGCUUCGUUUAUACAGUUUAAUGCCGUCUCUAUAGGAUUAGCUGUAAUUUUGCUGUUAUUACCACGUUAUUUACGAGAUAAUUAAGAUUUUAUAAGAAACUAAGAAAAAAACGUAUUUUUAAAA